AUGACAGCGCAGGAUGCUUGACUGGUGUGAAUGGAGUUGCUGUCUCUGAAAGGUGAUGGAGAGGAAUUAACUGUAGGAAAAGAUCUGUUGACGUUGAGGCCCUCCACCCACACAGGCAUGCAGUGAGCCACCUGUGUGUCUCGCAGAGAGAGAGUACACUGUGAUCUUUGCAGCGCGCCCCUGGUAAGGACCCUGUGGCGUGCGUCCGGCCAGCCCAGGCCACACCUCCCUCACCCAGGACAUGUACGGCAGUGCCCGAGCAGUAGGCCACAUCGAGAGCAGCCCUGCACGGUCCCCACGACUGCCUAGGUCCCCCAGGCUGGGUCACCGGAGGGCCAGUAGUGGGGGUGGGAGCAGUGGAGGGGGCAAGACGCUCUCCAUGGAGAACAUCCAGUCGCUGAACGCUGCCUACGCCACAUCCGGGCCCAUGUAUCUGAGCGACCAUGAGGGAGUGGGCUCCACCGCCACCUACCCCAAGGGCACCAUGACGCUGGGGCGUGCCUCCAACCGGGCCAUGUACGGGGGGCGUGUCACGGCCAUGGGCAGCAGCCCCAACAUUGCCACGGUGGGGCUGGGCCACCACACUGACCUGCUGUCCUACAGCGACCUAGGCUCCCUUUCCAUGCUGCAGCACCACCACCACCACCACCAGGGGGUGCCAUCUGCCCUGCUGCGGCAGGCGGUACGGGGUGGUGGGGGGGAGUUGCUGGAGAUGCAGGCCACACUCCGGGACAUGCAGCGGGAGAAUGACCUGCUGAGGAGAGAGCUGGACCUGAAGGACAGCAAGCUGGGCUCGUCCACCAACAGUAUCAAGAGCUUCUGGAGCCCCGAGCUGAAGAAGGAGAGGAUGAUACGUAAGGAGGAGGCGGCGCGCACCUCGGUCCUCAAGGAGCAGAUGAGGGUGACUCACGAGGAAAACCAGCACCUGCAGCUGACCAUCCAGGCCCUGCAGGAUGAGCUGAGGACCCAGAGGGAUCUGAACCACCUGCUGCAGGAGAGUGGCGGCCGCUCUGGGGAACACUACACCAACAUCGAGCUGACCGAGGAGAACUUUAGACGACUGCAGGCCGAGCACGACCGCCAGGCCAAAGAGCUCUUCCUCCUGAGGAAGACCUUGGAGGAGAUGGAGCUGCGGAUGGAGACUCAGAAGCAGACGCUGGGGGCCAGGGACGAGUCUAUCAAGAAGCUGCUGGAAAUGCUCCAGAGUAAGGGUCUGCCUGGGGGGCCAGGCAGGGUCAAUGAGGAGGAGGAGCAGGAGAGGGCCAGGCGCAUCGCUGAGGCCGAGGCACAGCUGGGACACCUGGAGGUCAUCUUGGAUCAGAAGGAGAAGGAGAACAUCCACCUCCGAGAGGAACUGCACAGGAGAAACCAGAUGCACCAGGACCCUGGCAAAACCAAAGCCCUCCAGACCAUCAUAGAGAUGAAGGAUACCAAGAUAGCGUCUCUGGAGCGCAACAUCAGGGACCUGGAGGAUGAGAUCCAGAUACUGAAGGCUAACGGCUUGCUAAACACCGAGGACAGAGAAGAGGAGAUCAAACAGAUGGAGGUCUACAAGAACCACUCCAAGUUUAUGAAGACCAAGAUUGACCAGCUGAAGCAGGAGCUGUCCAAGAAGGAGUCUGAGCUGCUGGCCCUGCAGACCAAGCUGGAGACCCUGAACAACCAGAACUCAGACUGCAAACAGCAUAUAGAGGUUCUCAAAGAGUCCCUCACUGCUAAGGAGCAGCGCGCUGCCAUACUGCAGACAGAGGUGGACGCCCUGCGCCUGCGCCUGGAGGAGAAGGAGUCCUUCCUGAACAAGAAGACCAAGCAGCUGCAGGACCUGACGGAAGAAAAGGGUACACUGGCCGGAGAGAUUCGAGACAUGAAGGACAUGCUGGAGGUCAAGGAGAGGAAGAUCAACGUCUUGCAGAAGAAGAUUGAGAAUCUACAGGAGCAGCUGUGUGAUAAGGACAAGCAGCUGGGGAACCUGAAGGACAGGGUGAAGUCUCUGCAGACUGACUCCAGUAACACUGACACUGCCCUGGCCACCCUGGAGGAGGCACUCGCUGAGAAGGAGCGGAUAAUAGAGAGACUGAAGGAGCAGAGAGCGAGGGAGGACAAUGAGAGGAUUGACGAGGUGGAGUCCUAUAAGAAGGAGAACAAGGACCUCAAGGAGAAAGUCAACACCCUCCAUAUGGAAUUAACAGAGAAGGAGUCCUGUCUCAUUGACCUGAAGGAGCAUGCCUCCUCCCUGGCCUCCUCCAGCCUGAAGAAAGAAUCCAAGCUCAAGUCUCUGGAGAUGGCCAUCGAGCAGAAGAAAGAGGAGUGUAGCAAGUUGGAGACACAGUUACAGAAGAAGGCCCAUGAGGUCCAGCAGCAGCAGGUGGGAGUGGGCUCCAGGGGGAACCCAGAGUAUGUGGAGCGGGAGCAGCGAGUCAAGGUCCUAGAGAAGGAGGUUUCCUACUAUAAGGAGGAGUCUGGCAAGGCCCAGGCCGAGGUGGAUAGGCUACUAGCCAUCCUCCGAGAGGUGGAGACUGAGAAGAACGACAGGGAUAAAAAGAUCGCCGAGCUGGAAAGCCCCCCUCACCUUGCCCCUGUCCCUCGCCCUGGUUUCGGCCCUGGCCCCGUCCCUCGUCACAGUCCCGGUGGUAGAGCUCCCCCUGACCCGCUCCCCCCUGUGUCCGCUGCCCCCCAGCAGAUUGGGGGCAUGGUGUGGGACUUCCUGGGAAACCUAGCUCCCAGGCAGACCAAGGAGCAGGUUACUAAGAAGGGGGGUCCCAACCUCAAACUGGGCCCCCAGGGGGAAAAGAAGCCUGGUCAGAUAAUGGGGGACCCUCGAAAAGACAACACCAUGGACCUUGGUCAGCAUCUGAAGUUGGAGGAGAUGAUGAACACCCUAGAGAGAACUAGACAGGAGCUGGAUGCCACCAAGCAGCGCCUCUCGUCUACCCAGCAGUCCCUGCAGGAGAGGGACGGUCACCUGACCAACAUGAGACAGGAGCGCAGGAAACAGCUGGAGGAGAUCCUGGAGAUGAAACAACAGGCCCUGCUGGCAGCCAUCAGUGAGAAGGAUGCUAACAUCGCUCUGCUAGAGAUGUCUGCCUCUGGGAAGAAGAAGACCCAGGAAGAGGUUCUGGCUCUGAAGAGGGAGAAGGACAGAUUGAUGCACCAGCUAAAACAGCAGACACAGAGCAGGAUGAAGCUGAUGGCAGACAACUAUGAAGACGACCACUACCACCCCCAUCCUCCCUUCCAUUCCCUACCCCAGCAACCCCACCCGGGUCUCCAGCCUCAGUCCCCCCAGCCCCAGUACCAGCACCCGCCACAUCCCCAGCAGCAGCAUGCCCCGUACCCCCAUGCCCCGCACCCCCAGCCCCCACCGCAACAACACCCUCACCCCCAGCAGCAUCAACAGCAGUACUCCCCUCAUCCCCAACAGCACCCGCAGGGGCACCCCCAACAGCCCCAACACCAACCACGGCCCCAGCACCCGCUGCAAGCCCAGCAGCCACACCCACACCCACAACAACAACAACAACACCCCCACCCAGGACAGCAUCCUCACGGGCCUCCGCCACAGCAGCAGCACCCCCACCCCCAACAGCACCCACAGCCACACAUUCACGGCCCCCUGCAGCAAGCCCCCACUCCCAGCACCCACACCCCCAGCAGCAUCCCCAUCACCCCAUACCCCAUGCCCCGCAACAGCAAGGCGGCCACCCCCGCCACCCACCCCCACACCACCGCGGAGGACCAGGGCCUGCCAGAGGACCCCCAUGCCGGCCACCGCCCCUCCCAUGACCAGGAUGAUGAGGAGGGCAUUUGGGCAUAA